AUCGGCAACAAGUCUUAACAUCAUACUAUUUUCAAGGGAACUGGAAGUACAGACAUUCUUUGGAAAGAAUGAUUGACCAGCUGUUAAAUUCACACUAAAUUGUGCAAGACUGUGCAUGUUUGUUGGUGUAUAUCUGUGUAUAUAAGUCCGGACAUGUCUGCAAACACUGUAACUAACAACAACACCUGUAAGUACAAAUAUGCAUUUGGUGGUUUAGUUAUCGCUUCGUGUAUGCUAUUGCUGUUGUACACAGUGUCCACUAGUACUACGAUUAGAAGACUGGUAUCGCCAAACAACGUUAUCGUCACACGAUUUAAUUUAAAAGAUCAUGUCAGUUCCAUUGAUGGCGACAAUAUGGCACUACAGUCAGGUAGUUGUUCUCAACUCAGUGACAUCGGAUAUAUAUUUAAUAGAAAAACAGGCAGCACCACAUUAGUUACUAUAUUUAGCAUGUUUGCUAAACGAUACAAACACAAUCUACAGAGAAAAUUUUUAUUUCAUAAAUACCGAAAUUCGUGGGGGUAUAUGACAAUGUACCAUAUUAGGCCUACAUCAACAUUCAUCCAAGGACAGCACAUUGCGGGGAUACCUAGAACCGAAAGGAAAAUUCUUCCAAUACAAGGCUCCACAGUGCAUGUGGAAUCAGUCAAUGAGAACGGAUUGAACGUACAAUUGAAAACACCUAAUACAGUUUAUGUGUCCAUAGUUCGCGAACCCGUGGCACACUUUGCAUCUGUGUUUGCGUUUUUUCACCUUGGUGAACAUAUACCGGGCAAUACUAUAUUACCUAGACUCACGAGAUUUCUGAACAAUCCAACAUUCUAUCGUGGUAAGAUUAAGUAUGGCACACGUAACUGGCGUGUUGCUCGGAACAGCCAAGCAUGGCAUCUCGGACUCGAUCAUAAGUACCAUGACCAUGAAGAAAUAGUAGAGGAUUACUUUUCACAGUUAGAUAAAGAAAUUGAUCUAAUUUUAAUUAAUGAAUAUUAUGACGAAUCCUUAAUACUUCUAAAACGUAUUAUGUGUUGGAAAAUGGUUGACAUACUUUACAUCUCACGAAGAGUGCGUACAGACCGUUUUGCUGUGCCUGACAUACUGAAGCUGAAAAUACACGAAUGGAACAAUAUUGAUGUUAAAAUCUAUGAAAGAUUUAACAGAACAUUGUGGCAGAAAAUAAAACAACAAGGACCAUAUUUUGAGACUGAUCUUCUCAAUUUUCGACAACUUAAAAGUGCUAUACUUGACGAUUGCAAUAAUGACAGUGUUUUGUCGUCGAACACUGUGUCGCUGUUUAAACGCCUCGAUUCUACCGACAUAUCACCUAUACAUUUUUGUAAAGGCAUAAAGGAAUGGUACACAUUGACGACAAACUUAGAAAUAUCCGAGCUUGUUCAUAGCGACUGGGGAUUUUCUGUAAAUGUGGAAGGUCAGAGAAACCCACUUCAGAACAACAAGGCAACGAAAGUUAACCCAGACAGUCAAUGCAUAAAUAUAAAUUUUCAUAAAAGACGGUCUCGAAGCAAGAACAAUGAGCUUGAUAUAUAUAUGUCAUUUGAUAAUAUUGAGAAAGAAAGAAUGAAAACAACAAGACGCUACAAUAACUACACAGUUGCUAUGGAAAUAAGUAACUACACAAAUAUCCGGAGGGCAGAGCGUGAGAAAAAAGAGCUUGAGGAGAGGGAUGAGAUAGCAGCCAAACGUGGAAAAAUGCAUACGAGGCUGAAAUCUUGA